AUGGCCGCGCCAACAGAUCAGCGAAUAGCUGUUCCUAUUGACGACCCAAAUGCGGAUACCGAAUGGAAUGAUAUCCUCCGUAAGCAUGGCAUCAUACCUGAAAAGCCCCCGUCUCCUACGCCUAUGAUAGAAGAAGCUUUACUCGAGGCCCAACGAAUAGCGCAUGAGAACAGAUUGGAGGGGAAAGAACUUGAUGAGCUUGACGCACUAGAAGAUGAAGAAGACGAAGCUUUUCUAGAGCAAUACCGACAGAAGCGAAUGCAGGAGUUACAUAAACUGACCAAGAAGUCAAUACAUGGCACCGUCUACCCGAUAUCUAAGCCGGAAUACUCGCGCGAAGUAACGGAAGCUUCACACAAGGGGCCCGUUUUUGUCAAUCUCACAUCCUCACUUGGUACCAAUGUCGAAUCAAGAGUUUUGUCAGAACUUUGGAGGCAAGCAGCAAAAGAAUACGGUGAUAUUAAGUUUUGCGAAAUCCGCGCGGAUAAGGCAAUCGAGAAUUACCCAGAUCGCAACUGCCCGACCAUUCUUGUAUAUAAGAACGGCGAUAUUGUGAAGCAGAUUGUCACUCUUGUUACCGUUGGUGGUGUGCGAAUGAGUAUGCUAAACAUCGAUAAUUUGUUGGUUGAAGUGGGCGCCGUGGAUGCGAAAGAUAUGAGGGUAGUGAAAAGGAAGAGAGACGCCGAGGACGCGAGAGAAGAGCAACUAGUAGGCAAAGGGAUCAAGAGUGGAAAUCUGAGACAUGCAACUGUUAACGAUGACGAUGACAACGAUGAUUGGGAUUGA